UUUCCACAAGGCCACUAUCAAUCGAUCAGAGAGCAGAAGAUGGCGGCGGAUCGAGUCUGAGGGGAGAGAUCGAUCACCGAACCACUCGAUCGACCGAGGCCAACGUUCCCCCUAAACUACUGACGAAAGAAUACCCGGAAGCGUCAGGGGGGAGUCGAAGGAUUUUUUGGUCUGGCUCUAAGAGUGAUUGGCCCUGGCAGGAAUGGAUUUCCCUUGGCACAGUGGAAAGGUCCUGGAGCAGUUUGACCAGCAGAGGCAGAUGGGGCUGCUGUGUGACUGCACCUUUGUGGUGGACGGCGUGGAUUUCAAGGCACACAAAGCCCUGCUGGCAGCCUGCAGCUUGUAUUUCCGCAUGCUGUUUGUUGAGCAGAAAGAUGUGGUGCACCUGGACAUCAGCAACGCGGCAGGUCUUGGACAAGUGCUGGAAUUCAUGUACACUGCCAAGCUCAACCUGACCAAUCAGAAUGUAGACGAUGUGUUAGCAGUCGCUGGCUUCCUCCAGAUGCAAGAGAUUGUCAAUGCCUGCACUGCUUAUAAAACCCUGACUGGACCACUGCAGGUCACCAUAGAGCCGUCUUACACUGACAUAGGUUCUGAGAAGAUGGAAGAGUUAACAAAAAGCAGCAGCAGCCCUCUUUCAGAGAAACCGGAGGACGAAGCCCCACCGCUGUCAGAGGAGAACCUGGAUGGGACCGUGCAGGAGAGUGAUGUAGGACAGCCAGCAGAGGGCGACAAACCUCCCAAAGCACAGACAAUGGAAGAACCCACAGGAUCAUCAAACCAACCAAUGACGGAGCCUGCGGUUGAACUGUCCACAGUCAAAGAAUCGCAAGCGUCUGCUACCCAAUCAGCAGCAGAACCUGAGGGAUCUGCUGCCCAGGCAAUGGCAGACGCACAACUAGCAACUGAGCCAGUGGCAUUGCCUGAAGGAGUCCAGACAAAAGCAGAGCUAGAAGCACCCACAACGCAGCCAAUAGAGCAGCCCGUUGGGGUGACAGCAGACCAGGUAGAAGAGGCCCAGGGUAGGAUGGAGGUUCAGGGAGAGAAGACUGGGGAGGAUGAGUUGGGGGCUGGCUUUGAAAAGGAUGAAGAUGAUCCUAAUUACAGACCAGUUUCAGAUGUACCAUUGAACGACCCAGUUGAACAGAUGACUUACAUGAUGAGCCGACAGAAGAGAAGGAAGCUAGUGGCUAAGCGGGCUGAGCAGGCGGGCAUAGAUGAACAAGAACUAGAAGAGGGGGAGGUGAGGCUGGCCAAGGAGGAGGGGGAGAUAGAGGAGGAAGACGAGGAGGAAGAUGAGGAAGACAUGGAGGAGGAGGAGGAGGAGGAGGAGGAGGAGGAGGAGGAGGAUGGACAGACGGACCUUGACAGUGGAUCAGAUGGCAGACAGCUGCGCUCAGGCUCCCACAACGACCGCAGUGAGUCGCGGGCGUACGGCUCCGUAUUACACAAGUGCGAGGAGUGUGGGAAGUCUUUCACACACACAGGGAACUUCAAGAGGCACAUCCGCAUUCACACAGGAGAGAAACCUUUCACCUGCCGAGACUGCAGCAAGGCCUUCUCCGACCCGGCUGCCUGCAAGGCACACGAGAAGACACACAGCCCCCUGAAGCCCUAUAGCUGUGAGGAAUGUGGGAAGAGCUACCGUCUGAUCAGCCUGCUGAACCUGCACCGCAAGAGGCACACGGGCGAGGCACGCUACAGCUGCGACGAGUGUGGCAAGCUCUUCACCACCUCGGGCAACCUCAAGAGGCACCAGCUGGUGCACAGCGGGGAGAAGCCCUACCACUGCGACUACUGCGAGCGCUCCUUCUCAGACCCCACUGCCAAGAUGAGGCACCUGGAGACACACGACACAGACAAGGGGCACAGGUGCCAGCACUGCGACAAGCGUUUUAACCAGAUUGGUAACCUGAAGGCUCAUCUGAAAAUCCACAUUGCAGACGGGCCCCUCAAGUGUAAGGAGUGUGGGAAGCAGUUCACAACCUCGGGCAACCUGAAGAGACAUCUGCGAGUGCACAGUGGGGAGAAGCCCUAUGUGUGUAUGCACUGCCAGCGAGCCUUCGCUGACCCCGGGGCUCUGCAGCGUCACGUCCGCAUUCACACUGGAGAGAAGCCGUGCCGCUGUAUGGUCUGUGGAAAGGGCUUCACUCAGGCCAGCUCCCUGAUCGCUCAUGUUCGUCAGCACACUGGAGAGAAACCGUAUGUCUGUGAUCGCUGUGGAAAGAGGUUUGUCCAGUCCAGUCAGUUAGCCAAUCACAUCCGUCACCACGAUAACAUCAGGCCUCACAGGUGCAACGUGUGCAACAAGGCUUUCGUGAAUGUAGGGGACCUGUCUAAGCACAUCAUCAUACACACAGGUGAGAAGCCAUACCUGUGUGACAAGUGCGGUCGCGGGUUCAACCGCGUGGACAACCUGCGCUCCCAUGUCAAGACGGUGCACCAGGGCCAGGCCGGCAUGAAGAGGCUCGUCACCAAGUCACACGAGGACCUGGAAGAAGACGAGGUCAGCAUCGUCACCGUGACAACAGACGAGAUCGUAACCCUGGCGACCGAGGCUCUGGCUGCUAGCGCAGUGGCGCAGCUCACAGUGGUUCCUGUGGCGACGGCAGUGACAGCCGAUGAAACAGAGGCACUGAAGGCUGAGAUCACUAAGGCAGUGGAGAAGGUGCAGGAAGCAGACCCGAACACCCAGAUCCUGUACGCCUGUGACUCUUGCGGGGACAAGUUCCUGGAUGCCAACAGCCUGGCCCAGCAUGUGCGCAUCCACACCGCCCAGGCGCUCGUCAUGUUCCAGGCCGACUCCGAUUUCUACCAGCAGUACGGGGGCACGGCAUCCUGGCAGACCACCGAGCAGGUCAUUCAGACGGGGGAGCUGCUGUUCCGCGCCAGGGACGGAGACGGAGAGGAGCUGCAGACCAGCGAGGGGGAGCCUGUCGAGAUGGAGUGCACCAGCCAGCAUGCAGAGUGAAAGAGAGAGCGUGGGCCCAGGCAAUCCGAGUGCACUGAGCUAAAUUAAAGGCUGGUUUCACAGAAUCCCAUUUAGAAUUGGAAUACCUUGCGUAAUGUUGCAUUAGCUAGUUCUGGACUAGUGCUAAUCAGGGUCUGGAAACCAGCCAUAUAUAUAUAUAUAUAUAUAUAUAUAUAUAUGUA